CGUCAUAUACGUCACUUCCGUUUUUUGUGGAGUCAAACCAUUCAAAGGUUCGUCGCUUUUUGUUUUGAAGGUAAAGCAUUUCAAGUGCGAUUUUUUUGGCUUUAUUUACGAUGUUUACGCGUGUUUUGGAGGCUAUAUUUUUCCUGUACUUCGCCUCUCAUAUCCCUAUUACUUUGUUCAUUGAUCUCCAAGCUUUACUUCCCGCUCAGCUGUAUCCACAGCCACUUACAGAUCUUUUAAAAUGGUACGCUGCCGAGUUUAAAGACCCCAUGAUGCUGGAUCCUCCCAUCUGGUUCAAAUCCUUCGUUUUCUGCGAGGCACUUCUACAAAUGCCAUUCUUUCCCAUUGCAGCGUACGCAUUUCUGAAAGGUAGUUGUAGGUGGAUCAGAACUCCAGCCAUUAUCUAUUCCACCCACGUGGCCACGACCCUAAUCCCCAUCUUGGCAUACAUUCUGUUCAACCAGUUCCCAAAUUCUCCUCACCCUGGGCCAAAAACCUCAAGAGAGCGCCUCACACUGAUGGCUAUAUAUUCCCCAUAUCUGAUAAUUCCUCUUAUGCUGCUGCUCACAAUGUUGUAUCACCCAUUGUAUAACAAUGCUCGCGCUGGAAAGGCUUCCGUGUCAGGGAAGAAGCACAGAUAGGUGUCAGGCCAAACCUUCAUUAAAUGUUAUGUGCCAUGGAAGUUAAUUAUACCCAUACAACUGUAAAUGUAUUAUUUUGUCAACACAUUGCAUUUGGCAGCAGAAGGAUCUGAUCGUAGUCCUGCUAAAAUUACUUCAGGCUGUCUGUCAAGACAGAAAUUCAUAAAUACUGAUUGCAAGGUGGAAAUAGGCUGGAAAAAUAUGGAAUAUUUGGACUCCAGAUUCAACUAAAAUAAAUACUGAAUUCAGAG